UUGUGUCGUGUAACAUUUGGCAGGUGGUAACCAUGAAUAAGAUAUUUCACGUUCGGCCAUUGAUCGUACAUUUUAUAAAUUUGUUGAUAUAUUAUUCGAAUAAACUAUUCGUGAACAUAGUUUAAUCAUGUUUUACGAAAGUGCUGGGUAUCUAAAAAAAUAAACAACAUUUGUCCAAGAUUUUUUUUUGUUUAUUGUAUUUAUUAUUUAUUAACUAGCCUAUAAUAAUUUACAAAAUAAGUAAACAUGACAAGUGCAUUGUAUUUAGAACAUUAUUUAGAUAGUUUGGAGCAUCUUCCCAUUGAAUUACAAAGGAAUUUCACCUUAAUGAGGGAUUUAGAUGCAAGAGCUCAAGGUCUUAUGAAAGAUAUUGAUAAACUAGCGGAUAAUUAUCUAAAAAAUCUUAAAAAAGAAUCAUCGGAAAAGAAGAAAGAACAAUUAAUGCACAUUCAAAGUUUGUUUAAUAAAGCUAAAGAAUAUGGAGAUGAUAAAGUUCAAUUAGCAAUACAAACAUAUGAAUUAGUGGAUAAACACAUAAGGAGAUUAGAUUCUGAUUUAGCAAGAUUUGAAGCAGAGAUUCAAGACAAAGCUUUAAAUAAUAAUAGAGUUAAAGAAGAAGGUGGAGCUAGUAAAAAAGGCAGGAAAAAAUUAAAAGAAAAAGAAAAACGUAAAAAAGGAACAGCUGGUGCUAGUAGUGAAGAUGAAUCUAAAAGCGUAAGGAAAAAACAGAAAAAAGGUGGCUCGGUUGUUUCAUCAGCAUCCACUGGAGCUGUUGGUAGUGGAGCACAAAAUGAUACUUCAGCACUUGGCCAUCCUGCUGAUGUUCUAGACAUGCCUGUUGAUCCUAAUGAACCUACUUAUUGUCUUUGUCAUCAAGUGUCAUAUGGAGAGAUGAUUGGAUGUGAUAAUCCUGAUUGCCCGAUAGAAUGGUUCCACUUUUCAUGCGUUGGAUUAACAACGAAACCUAAGGGUAAGUGGUAUUGCCCAAAGUGUACUCAAGAUCGAAAGAAAAAAUAAUUUUAUUAAUUAUGUGCAUUAAUAAAAAAA